AUGAUGGAUCUUAUCAGUCAAUCUAAAGCCUCGCGCCUGUCCGACCGCAUCAGUCGGAUCGAACAGCUUCUAGCAGAGAAUCUGAUUCAGGGUUCCCGAUCCGUUUCGCCGAAUCUCGCGCAGAUCCCAGAUGACAACACAACAGCCAGUAAUUCACCAAGCGCCAGCACCAGCACCAGCAGCAAUCAGUUUAUGUUCUCAGCCCCAGUGGGUGUUCAUUUCGCCGGCCGGGAGCUAGGGGUGAUCAGUUUACUCACGGGUAUUCCCUUCCUUCUUCCUGAGGGUCAAAAAUGGAUUCAGUCCCGGACGGGUCAGAUGAUCGCAAGUGACAAGUUCAGUCCUACACGAGUGCCCUGGGAGAAAGAACGAGGCCAUUCAUCAAAUGCCUUGCUGGUGAAUAUGCCUAACCAAAGCCUUUUUGAGCUACCUGACUACCGUAUCGUGCGGGUGUACUUCGAAGCAUAUAGGAAAUCUGCAGUGAUGCGGCGGCUCUUUCCAGUCGUCGAUGUCGAGCUAUUUGAGGAGACCAUCAGCGCAGCAUAUCAUCAACCACAGUCAACCUUCAGGCCGGGUCAGGCUAGCACCCGAGCAUGUAUCAUGGCUUUUCUUGCUUUUAUUUGUCGUCUUCCUCCAGUCAAGGAGCAGGUUCAGAUUUGCGAUCGCCUAGCCCCAGUUGAUCACGAUGCCUUUGCGAGCAAGGGCCAAUUUCUCAUUGCUCAGAUAUUACAAGAACCCGCAGAUCUAGAUGGCCUACAGGCUGUGACCAUGCUGACUCUCUAUGAGCUCUCGUCUGGAAAUAUGCGGGCCACUAAUUACUUCGCCGCAAUUGUUGCGCGCCAACUCUUCAUGAUGGGUGCCAAUAUUACAUACAAUAGAGAUCAUCACGUCAGUGAGCGUAGCCGGAGGCGACAAGAGCAACUGCGCAAUAUCUUCUGGAUAUGCUACACGUUUGACAAAGAUGUCUCUCUUCGCACCGGACAGCCGCCGACCAUUGCUGAUGAGAAUUGCGACUUGACUCUGCCCGCAGGUUAUUUGGAUCGAGCGUUUAUCGACCCAGAGAAAGACGAUAGUCCACUUUUAGAACCUACGUUCCCCUUUGAUCUCCGCCUGAGCAUGAUCAAGUCUCGUGCACAUAGCCAUCUAUACUCUGUGAGUGCUCUCGCCAAGUCCGAUGCCGACCUCUUGAAAUCGAUUCGAGAAUUGGACGACGAGCUCGAGGAAUGGCGACUCUCAAUCCCGGUGACAUGGCGUCCCACCAUGUCAUUUUCUCCGGAGACUUCUGACCCAAAUAUGAGCAUGCAUUCCGUCAUGCUGCGGCUGAACUAUUAUUUGUGUAUGAGCGUCAUUCACCAGGCGAGCAGUCGGUGCAAGUCAUGGACGCAGGGAAGUGGGAUGAUGGACGGAGUGAGCUCGAGUCUAGCGCUUUCCGUGGAGGCAAGUCGCUCAACCCUCUGCUAUCUGGAAGCAGCAGAGCAUGUUUUGGUAGAUGGCAUUUUCUGGACUUUGAUCUUCUAUCCCAUGUCCGCCCUCCUUACUAUAUUCUGCAGCAUCCUCCAGAAUCCCCUAGAUCCGCGCUCACGGGAUGAUUUAGGCCGCCUUAAUAUGGCCACCGUGAUGAUGGAGCGUGUUUUUUCAAGAAAGCUUCCUGAGAACGAGAUUGUUCACUUCAAACUCGUGGCGGACUUUGUGGUUGAGCUUAAGAAGUUGGCUGAGUGCGCCAUUGAUAAGGCAUGGCGUGAGCAGAGCACUGGGCUAAGUCUACCUCAGUGA